AAGGCAUUUUUGAGACUCGAGCCUGUGCUGCUUUGAGAGUUUUCCCCAAUGGCGUCCCGCCUCGUCCUUGCCGCAGCAGCCGUGGUGCUGGUGUGCGCGGUUCAGGCGUUCGUGCUUCCCGGGGCCCCAGCGCCUGCCAGAUUGCGAGGUGCUACUGAGGGCAGCAGCAAGCCCUCCCCCAGCCUGAGCAUUGCAGGCGUUGCGGCAACAACAGCUGCCUUUGGUGUGGCGGCUGCCUUCGCCAAGACCCGCAGCCGCCCGGCCAAGACGGCUGCCAAGUACACCACCCAGACCAUUCUGCCUUCGCUCGCCUGGAUCAAGACUGGCGUGAAGGCUUCGGAGUUGCAGCCCACCGAGUUGAGGGCUCUGACCCUGGCGGGCAACGAUGUGCUGAUUGGCAAGACGGAAGCUGGUGCUUUGUUCUGCGUGGGCAACCUGUGCCCGCACAUUGGCACGCCCAUGAGCGAGGGUGCUGACGUGAUCGGUGAUGUCAUUGUCUGCCCCCUGCACGGCUCUUCCUUCCAGGUCUCCGACGGUCAGCUCAUUGACUGGUGCGUGUCCCCUCCCGUGAUCGGCCCUUUGACUGGACUCAUUGUGGAGAAGAAGAACCUCCUGGUCUUCGAGUGCCGCCAGGGUGGCUUCCUGGGCAGUGGGGAGGUUGAGGUUCUCGUGGACACCAAUGCCAAGAAGGCCUACGAAGCGAAUUACUGGAAGGGCCUGCUGGAUGCUCAGGGCAAGGACGACGGCACCUACUAUUGAGCUUCUGACUGUGAGUGCGACGCGGCUUGUUUUUUUCCCAUAGACAUGCACCGGCAUGAUGCUGCCAAGUGGUGAGGGCCAG